AUGCGUAUUUUAAUGGUUGGGUUAGAUGCUGCCGGAAAGACUACAAUACUUUAUAAAUUAAAACUUGGUGAGAUUGUUACUACAAUACCGACUAUUGGUUUUAACGUAGAAACCGUGGAGUACAAAAACAUCAGUUUCACUGUCUGGGAUGUCGGCGGUCAAGACAAAAUAAGACCACUUUGGCGUCAUUAUUAUCAAAACACCCAAGGACUGAUAUUCGUAGUUGAUUCAAGCGACACUAAAAGAAUUGUAGAAGCUGAAAAUGAGCUGGCCAAUAUGUUAAAGGAGGAUGAACUUAAGGAUGCUGUUAUCUUGGUCUUCGCAAACAAGCAAGACAUGCCCAAUGCCAUGACAGCUGCUGAAUUAACAAAUGCUUUAAAUUUAAAUAAUCUGAGAAACCGUCGUUGGUACAUUCAAGCAACUUGUGCAACACAAGGACAAGGACUGUAUGAAGGAUUAGACUGGCUUUCCAAUGAAUUGGCUAAGAAG